AUGUCUGGUCGAGAGAAAGGUCAACUGGAAAUCAUCUAUAAAGACGACGCUGAAACCACCGGGGAAAAGAAACCCCAGGAUACGUGUUGUUCAUGGAUAAUAAAUCUCUUAAUAAAGAUUCGGGACAUAGGAGGGGUAUCUUUGUUAUUGGUCUUUGUGCUUCUCACCAUUAUCAUGGCACAAUAUAAGAUCAAUCAAUGGGUCAUGUUUCUUGUCAGUUUCAUUGCGAUCAUACCAUUGUCCAACAUUUUGACCAUAGGACUUAACGAUCUGACGGCUAGACUUGGACCCGCUUAUUUAUCGAUUCUCCAUGCUUUCUCGGGAAAUUUUGUGGAGCUCGUAAUUGAAGUUUAUGCCUUGCUCGACGGUCGAUACGCGAUCGUGCGUUCUGCUAUACUGGGCGCCAUUUUAUGUAACAUCACACUGGUCCUAGGUAUGGCGUUUCUGGCAGGAUCUUGGCCAACGCAAGGACGAGUUCGUUCGAGAACAUUGCAUUUACAAGAUUCUUCGUUUCAAGCAAAAUUAUUUGUCAACACAAGCGCUUCCAUACUGGCCCUCGGGGUACUCGGGUUGGUAAUUCCCGCGGCAUUCAAAAUUGCUGCGAUACCGCAAACCUCCCUUACAUUAGAUAGUAUUGAAUGCGACUUGCAAACCAUCAGUCACGCAACUGCAAUAAUUUUGCUCUUGGUCUAUUGCGGUCUAUUGGUUUUUCAAUUGAAGACUCAUGUCCAAGAGGUAAUCGAUGCAAAAGAAUAUGAAUUCACCGAUCCUAAAUACAACUUGUUUCUCGACAUUUUUUUGGUUGCAGCCUCUAUCGCUGGUAUUAUCAUAUGCGCUAGAUACCUUGUGACCACUAUUGAACACCUGGCCGAAGAAUUUGAGCUUGGUACUGGAUUUGUUGGCGUAGUGUUGUUCCCACUGUGUGUCGUGUCUAAUUUUAUCGAACAUUAUCAGGCAAUUAAGGAUGCUUUCAGGGAUAAAGUCGAUACGGCAGUCGGUUUAAUCCUAAACACUUCUGUGCAAAUGACUUUAUUGGUAACACCUAUCCUGGUAAUCAUUGGUUGGAUCAUAGGGAAACCAUUAACAUUGGAUUUUAACGUCUUGGAAAUAGCCGUGUUGGCGUGCGCUGUACUAAUUGUAAAUUAUCUGGUCGCGGACAAUCAAGCAACUUGGUUAGAAGGCUACAUGCUAGUUAUUUCCUAUGUUCUUAUAGCGGUGGCCUUCUUCUACUUCCCCAAUACAAUCGAAAGCAAUAACAACGUUUAUUGUAAUCCUUUUAGUAGAAACAUGCGAUCGAAAAAUGCUUCUACGACCGUGGCUGCUUAG